AUGAUCCUGAGAAACGCCGCCGUGCGGCAGGGCCGCCGCACAUUGGCUUCUCCCAUCUCCAGGUCCCUCCUGCGGCAGUUGUCGACCGAUGUUACGACCGAGACUCAGACGGACCAGACCUGGAAGAUCCCCCAGUCUGCCACCGGACCUCCCAAGAUUGUCUCGGCCGCACGAAAGAAGCAGAGGGUUGUGCAGGAUGGCAUCAUGUCUCUUGGAACAGACUCUGCGCAUGAGCACAAGGGUGCCGUGUGGACGACACCCCACAAGAACUCGAACUCAGCGACACCUGCCCCGCCGGCUCAGCAGUACGCCGAAUUCAAACGUAUACAGGCCAACACGCGGAGCCUGGGAUCGAGGGUUGAGAAGCGGUACAUCCCGUCUGAGCUGGUCAACAACCCCCCCGGACCUGAGGAUAUUACUCUGGAGCUGCUGAUGGCCUCGCAAACGCACAUGGGUCACAGCACUUCUCUUUGGAACCCCGCCAACUCGCGAUACAUCUACGGCGUACGCCAGGGCAUUCACAUUAUUUCCCUCGAGACGACUGCGGCGCACCUUCGUCGAGCGGCUCGUGUGGUGGAUGAGGUUGCGUACCGAGGCGGCCUGAUCCUCUUCGUGGGCACCCGCAAGGGACAGAUGGAGAUUGUCACCAAGGCCGCCGAGAUGGCUGGUGCCUGCCACCUGUUUACCAAGUGGACACCUGGAGCCAUCACGAACCGAGACGUGAUUCUGAAGAUGGCCGGAACCAAGGUGGUGGACGAGAAGGACCAGGAGCUUGACGGCUUUGAGAAGUACAGAGGUUCGGCUCGCCCGCUGAUGCCGGAUCUGGUUGUGUGCUUGAACCCCCUGGAGAACUACACGCUUCUUUACGAGUGCGGUCUGAAGAGCAUCCCCACGAUUGGUGUUAUUGACACCAACGCGGACCCCUCAUGGGUGACUUAUACCAUUCCCGCCAACGACGACAGUCUGCGAGCCAUGGCUGUUGUUGGUGGUGUUCUGGGCCGAGCCGGCCAGAGGGGACAGCAGCGACGUGUCGAGGACGCCAAGAAGGGCAGAGUCCCCUGGCACAACCCUCAUGAUAUCGUCCAGUACAUGCAGCGGGAGAACAAGGCGGCUAUUGCUGAGCGCAAGUCCGUCAUGGGCAGGAUGCAGCACAACGUUGAGGGAUUCAGCGAGGAGGAACAGAAGAUUCUGCGCGAGCAGUUCUACGAGGAGGACAUUCAAGUUUCUGAGGAGGACAUGGUCGACAUGAUGGGCGAGGCUGCUCUAGGAAGCCCCAAGGAGGCCGAGUCGACGCACGGCGCCAGACUGGAAAGCAUUGAGCAGCAGCUAGCGAGUCUCAAGGAGGAGGCGACGGCGAUCGAGUCUGCUGUCAAGACUCCUGCUGAGGCCAAGGUCGAGUCAACACACGGCGCGAGGUUGGCAGACAUUGAGCAGCAAUUGGCAGGUCUCAAGGAGGAGGCGACAACCAUUGAGUCAUUUGUAAAGACAGCUCCUGUCGAGACUGCGGCCGAGCCGACGCACGGCGUCAAGCUAGCGGGCAUCGAGGAGCAGUUGGCGGGAGUCAAGCAGGCUGCCACGGCUAUCGAGGCUGAGAUCACGGGCAGCAAGAAGGAGUAA